AUGGGUGGCCGCAAAGAUUCCGGAAAAAAGUCGAAAGAAUCUGUGAAAGUUGACCUGAGCUCAGAGGACAUCCAGGACAUCAUUGACAUUGAAAAGAUGAAGACCCAGAUGGAGACAACUUUGAAUUAUUUAAAAAAGGAACUGACUGAACAACUGGCUCUUCGUUUAUCGCUUAGUACUGUUGCCAACAUCCCCGUUGAAUGUGAAGAUGGCAAGGUACCACUGAGUCAACUGGGGCAGGUGCAGCAAAAGUCGCCUCAGAUGAUGCUAGUGAACAUGAUUGAAAACCCGCAGUACACAAAUGCUGCUAAAACAGCAAUACUCAAUUCCGGAAUCAAUGUCACCCCACAAGUUGAAGGAGUCACAUUGUACCUACCUAUUCAAAAAGUUACCAGAGAACACCGAGAGAAACUAGCCAAGAACGCAAAAGCAAUUUGUGAUAAAUGCAAAGAGAAACUGAGAAACAUCCAGAACAAUUAUGACAGACUUUUAAAACAGCAUCAGCAGAAAGGCAAAAAUUCAACAUCGGCAGCUUAUAGUCAAGAUUUGAUAUUGGACAUUCACAAUGCAAUCAUGGCUACUACCAAAGAUUACUGUAGUAAAGUUGAUGAUAUGAUGCUAGCCAAACAAGAUGAAUUGCUUAAGAGCUAG